AUGGCGCUCGAAGUGGUGUUGGGGCUGGCGGUGGCCAUCUACGCGCUGUACUACCUCUGCUUCGUGGGCAAGGAGCCCGAGGUCUACCACUGCUCGCGCGAGGGCAGCGUCGCCGCUCGGCUGGCGCGCGACCUGCCCAUCCUCAAGGAAAAGUUCUGGCCCACGCCCGGCCUCGACAACACCCACCUCCAGACACUCUUGGGAGUGGUUGGCCGAAGGCGAGUGGACAUCGAAUUCGAGACCGAGUGCUUCCCUCUCGCUGACGGCGGCGAGCUCUACGUGGACUGGACGGUGGCGGCCAAGGACCCGAUGGUCACGUGCGUCAUCCUUCACGGCACCCAGGGCUCCUCGCGGUCGCGCUACAUCAGGCAUGUCCCUUCUCCGUCGCACGAUUCGAUCAACAGGCAGUUCUUGCGCAAGGGCGUAGCGCAGAACUGGCGAUGCGUAGUUCUGCACCAGCGCGGCUGCGGCGCUUCGCCCUCCGAAUCGGUGCCUGUGCGCGUAGUGGAAGACAAUGAAAACAUCAUCUUUGGGCUGACCGAUCGCGGUGGCCACCUGGCCUGGUUGGAAGGCUGGGACUUCUGGGAAGAGGCGUGGAUGGAUCGGGCGGUGGUACAGUUCAGCAAGGCGCUGUGGAACCAGAUGCCCAAGCGGCGGCUGCAGAAGAUCCACACGAUCACGGACCCAACGACGAGCCCACUUCGGCACGCAUGA